GGGAGGUGGCUAGAAGUGGGGUGAGAAAAAGUGAGUCGGACCGGGUGCCCGGGACAAGGGCACUGUGCCCCUGCCGUGGCUGUGUACCAACUGGCUGCCCCUAGGAGACUUCCGUGAAGCGUUCCUGGGCUUCAGGAGAAGGGGGUCAGAGGGCUGUCUGCCGAGAGGCCUGGCAGGGGCAGGCUAUAACAGCUGGCUAGGGAGGGCGGGAGCAGCUGUGGCUGGAGGAGGAGCCGUGCAUGGAGAGGCAGCCAGCCAGCCAGCUGCAUUUGGAGCCAGAGUGCCUGCAGGCUGUGGUUCAGGUGACCAGCCUUUGUCUCCGGAGCCUGGUGGGACACUGCGAUGAUCCAGAAUGUGGGGAGCCACCUGCGGAGGCACUGUGCUGCCUGUGAAGGCUGGAACUGGCUGCUAUCGCCUGGGGUGUGGCCUGGCCCAGGCCGAAGGUCUGGGAGGAGAGUGGCCCUGGGGCCCUCCUCCGAAGCAGCUCUGUUUUCUGGCCACUCCAGGCUUGCAGAACCAGAGCUUUGCCUCCGUGUUCUCAAACCGCACAUCCCGGAAGUCGGUCUCCCGUGCCGGGGACGAGGAUACCAUGGCGAACAGCGAGGGUGACCGGAACCCCACGGAGGUGCAGAUGAGCCAGCUGGUGCUGCCCUGCCAUACCAACCUGCGCGGUGAGCUGAGCAUCGGGCAGCUGCUCAAGUGGAUUGACACCACGGCCUACCUGUCUGCGGAGAGGCACGCGGGCUGCCCCUGUGUCACAGCCUCCAUGGACGACAUCUAUUUUGAGCACACCAUUAGUGUCGGACAAGUGGUGAAUAUCAAGGCCAAGGUGAACCGGGCCUUCAACUCCAGCAUGGAGGUGGGCAUCCAGGUGACCUCUGAAGACCUGUGCUCUGAGAAGCAGUGGACUGUGUGCAAGGCCCUGGCCACCUUUGUGGCCCACCAGCAACUGUCCAAGGUAAAGCUGAAACAGAUCAACCCGCGCACAGAGGAGGAGAAGACAGAGCACAGCGUGGCUGCUGAGCGCCGGCGCAUGCGGCUGCUCUACGCGGACACCAUCAAAGACCUCCUGGCCAACUGCACCAUUAAGGAGGACCCCGAGAGCAAGGACUGCAGCCGGAUGGUGCCAGCCGAGAAGACCCGGGUGGAGAGUGUGGAGCUGGUGUUGCCACCCCAUGCCAAUCACCAGGGCAACACCUUUGGGGGCCAGAUCAUGGCCUGGAUGGAGAAUGUGGCCACCAUUGCGGCCAGCCGCCUCUGCCGAGCCCACCCCACACUGAAGGCCAUCGAGAUGUUCCACUUCCGGGGGCCGUCCCAGGUUGGGGACCGCCUGGUACUCAAGGCCAUCGUGAACAACGCCUUCAAGCACAGCAUGGAGGUGGGUGUGUGCGUGGAGGCCUAUCGCCAGGAGGCCGAGCCCCACUGGCGGCACAUCAACAGCGCCUUCAUGACCUUCGUGGUCCUGGACGCAGAUGACCAGCCCCAGAAGCUCCCCUGGAUCCAGCCCCAGCCUGGGGAGGGCGAGCGGCGAUACCGUGAGGCCAGUGCCAGGAAGAAGAUCCGCUUGGACAGGAAGUACAUCGUGUCCUGUAAGCAGGCCGAGGUGCCCCUCUCUGUCCCCUGGGACCCUAGCAACCAGGUUUAUCUGAGCUACAACAACGUAUCCUCCCUGAAGAUGCUCGUGGCCAAGAGCAACUGGGUGCUGUCCUCGGAGAUCAGCCAGGUCCGCCUGUACACCCUGGAGGAGGACAAGUUCCUGUCCUUUCACCUGGAGAUGGUGGUGCACGUGGACGCCGCCCAGGCCUUCCUGCUGCUCUCGGACCUGCGACGGAGGCCAGAGUGGGACAGGCACUACCGGAGCGUGGACCUGGUGCAGCAGGUGGACGAGGACGAUGCCAUCUACCAUGUCAUCAGCCCUGGACUCGGCGGCAAUGCCAAGCCCCAGGACUUUGUGAUCCUGGCCUCGAGGCGGAAGCCUUGUGACAAUGGGGAGCCCUACAUCAUUGCGCUGAGGUCGGUCACGCUGCCCACGCACCCUGAGGUGCCCGAGUACCGCCGUGGGGAGACGCUGUGCUCAGGCUUCUGCCUGUGGCACGAGGGGGACCAGGUGACCAAGGUGUCCUACUACAACCAGGCCACCCCUGGCUUGCUCAACUACGUGACCACCAAUGUGUCCGGCCUGUCCUCAGAAUUCUACUCCACAUUCAAGGCGUGCGAACACUUCCUCCUGGACAACCGGAAUGACCUGGCCCCCAGCCUCCAGACCCUGUAGGCACCCACCCCAUCCUGCCCAAGGACUUGUGCACAGCACAAGG